AAGAAAAAAAAAGAUUAAUCUUGCUUCUUAGUUGGGCAAUCAACGUUACUUCUGCUUCUUUGCCCCUUUCCUCUCUGUCUCUCUAGAAAUCUUUCAAGACAUGGCGCAAAUCUUUGUUAUCUUCAUCGGUCUCGGAAUCUCGACUUUAAGUUAUUUGUGCAUGAAUUGAUAAUCUGUUUGGUUCAUCUUCGUCCCAAAUUGAUUGCAAUAGAUAACCUAUCGACGAGGAAUGUAAAGCAAUCGAAAAAGCAAUCAACGGUCAACGGCGACAACGAAGAAAUCAAUGCCGAACGACGAAAGAGGACGUGAUUGACCCCUAGCAGCAGAUCAACCCCUAUAAGGUCUCGGAUCCUGGACUUUAAUUUCUCUGUCUCUAUCGUCUCGUCGUCUUCCUUGGUUUGCGAGUAAAUUAACGGCAAUGUCAUCCACACCUAAAGGAUCAAUUACGGCGGCGGAGGAAGAUCAAGAGACAUUGAACUCCUCGUCGUCGUCGUCGGUGGUGAAAUUUGGGAGUCCGGAGGCACUGGAAUUUGUGCGGAAGUUGACGGAUGUGGGAGCAAUGACGCGGCUUCUCCACGAGUGCAUAGCCUACCAAAGAGCCCUAGAUCUGGAACUGGAGAGCAUCCUCUCCCAGCGCAGCGAUCUCGACAAACAACUCUCCAACCUCCAGAAAUCAUCCGAUGUCCUCCACAUCGUCAAGGCCGACUCCGACUACAUGCUCUCCAAGGUCCGCUCCACUUGUGAUCUGGCAGAUCAGGUCAGCGGCAAGGUCCGCGAGCUCGAUCUCGCCCAGGCCCGCGUCAACGACACCCUCCUCCGCAUCGACGCCAUUGUCGACCGUGGCAACUGCCUCGAUGGAGUCUCCAAAGCCCUCGAUUCCGAAGAUUUCGAGUCCGCCGCCUCUUUCGUCCAGACUUUUCUCCUCAUCGAUGCCAAGUACAACAAGGAUUCUGGUUCCGAUCAGCGGGACCAGCUCUUGUCCUCCAAGAACCAACUCGAAGCCAUCGUCCGUAAGCGUUUAUCUGCCGCUGUUGAUCAGCGGGACCAUCCCACCAUUCUCCGUUUCAUCAAGCUUUUCUCUCCCCUAUCCCUGGAGGAAGAAGGUUUGCAAGUCUACGUCGGCUAUUUGAAGAAAGUUAUUGCUAUGAGAUCCAGGCUCGAGUUUGAGCAAAUGGUCGAACUCAUGGAACAAUCAUCCUCCUCCUCCUCCUCCUCCUCCAACCAAAGUCAGGUAAACUUUGUUACUUGUUUGACGAAUUUAUUCAAAGACAUUGUUUUGGCUAUUGAAGAAAAUAAUGCCAUUUUGCGGAGUCUUUGUGGAGAAGACGGUAUUGUGUAUGCCAUAUGUGAGCUUCAAGAGGAGUGUGAUUCUAGGGGUUCUCUAAUUAUAAAAAAGUACAUGGAUUAUAGGAAGUUAGCCAAAUUAACCUCAGAGAUCAAUUCUUAUAAGAGUAAUUUGCUUUCUGUUGGAGCUGAAGGACCCAACCCCAGGGAGAUUGAGUUGUACCUGGAAGAAAUAUUAUCACUCACACAAUUGGGUGAAGACUAUACGGAAUACAUGAUCUCGAAGAUCAGGGGUUUGAGUUCUGUCGAUCCUGAAUUGGGUCCUAGAGCCACAAAAGCUUUUAGGAGCGGAAAUUUUAGCAAAGUUGUGCAGGACAUCACAGGUUAUUAUGUGAUUUUGGAGGGAUUUUUCAUGGUGGAAAAUGUGAGGAAAGCUAUCAAGAUCGAUGAGCAUGUACCUGACAGCCUCACCACUUCCAUGGUGGAUGAUGUCUUCUAUGUUCUGCAAAGUUGCUGUAGGAGGUCAAUAUCUACUUCAAACAUAAACUCCGUGAUUGCAGUUCUGAGUAGUGAAGUGAGCUUGUUGGGCAGCGAGUAUAAUGAAGCAUUGCAGCAGAAAAUGAGGGAGCCCAACCUUGGUGCAAAGCUGUUUUUGGGUGGUGUUGGGGUGCAAAAGACUGGAACAGAGAUUGCUACGGCUCUUAAUAACAUGGAUGUUAGUAGUGAGUAUGCACUAAAACUAAGGCAGGAGAUUGAAGAACAUUGUGCAGAGGUAUUCCCUGCACCGGCAGAUAGAGAGAGGGUGAAGUCCUGUUUGUCUGAAUUGGGUGAGAUGAGCAACAUCUUCAAAAAAGCCUUGAAUGUUGGAAUGGAGCAACUUGUUGCGACUGUGACACCUAGAAUCCGUCCAAUAUUAGACAGUGUGGCAACCAUCAGCUAUGAGCUGUCUGAGGCUGAAUAUGCAGACAAUGAGGUGAAUGACCCAUGGGUCCAGAGGCUACUUCAUUCUGUUGAGACCAAUGUAGCAUGGCUCCAGCCAUUAAUGACUGCAAACAAUUAUGACUCAUUUGUCCAUCUGGUCAUUGACUUCAUUGUGAAGAGGCUUGAAGUGAUCAUGAUGCAAAAAAGGUUCAGUCAGCUUGGUGGUCUUCAGCUUGACAGAGAUGCCAGAGCUCUAGUAAGUCAUUUCUCAAGCAUGACUCAAAGGACUGUUAGAGACAAGUUUGCUCGCCUUACUCAGAUGGCAACGAUCUUGAACUUGGAAAAGGUGUCUGAGAUACUGGAUUUCUGGGGUGAGAACUCAGGACCGAUGACCUGGAGACUAACUCCUGCUGAGGUGAGGAGAGUGUUGGGUCUGAGGGUCGAUUUUAAACCUGAAGCGAUUGCUGCUCUUAAAUUGUGAUCCCGGUCUAUAGAGCUUCUUAAUUUUGUAUUGUUUAGCCUACUUUUAUCCUGGAGUUAGUUUGUUUAUCUUAUAUAAGAGGGAGGCAGAUCAACAAAAAUGGGAAAUGUACCAAUGAUAUGAGUUUUUUUCCUUUUAGGGGAUUUUAUUUUUCUAAUGUUUGCUCAUUUAUGUUACUUUUCUUGUAAACUUGGAUACUCUUUCUUACUUUUCAAUCCAAACACUUCAUGCCUAUUGAGUAA